AGAAAAAUAUAUGUAUAUAUACAAAUGAAUUAAAAUUAGAUAGAUGAGRGAGGAUUGAGAGAGAGAUUGGAUCGGGUUUUUUGGCAAGAGUAAGAAACAGGGAAUAUAUAAGUAGGGGUCUAAUGGCGUGAAGAGGAGAAAGCCAAUGACGUUUGGAAAAGCGAAGAAAUAAAGAGAUCCAAAAUCAAUCAUGUGGAAGACGAGCCACCGUUACACUUACGACGCCCUCCUCCAUUCUCUUCCCUUCYCUAAUUAACUGUUUUUGCUGUUUCACUUGUUUCUCAUUCAUUCUCUUCUCUUAUACAUAUACAUGUAUAUGUAAUUGAAGAAUUGGGGCUUGUUUUGGCUGUCUGGAUUUGGAUCUGAGCUGGGUAUUUCAAAACCCGAUCUGGGUUUGUCUAAUCGCGACCAGAAAUGGAGGAAACCAGAUUGUGUUCAUGGACCGUCUGUCGAUCCAUCUUUGCCAUCUUUCAGUGGUGGAGUUUCAAUGUUGCCGUCAUCAUCAUGAACAAAUGGAUCUUUCAGAAACUUGAUUUCAAGUUCCCUUUGACGGUAUCAUGUAUACACUUCAUAUGCUCAUCGAUUGGGGCAUAUGUAGUUAUCAACGUACUGAAGGUUAAACCACUUAUCACUGUUGAACCUGAAGAUCGGUGGAGAAGGAUAUUUCCAAUGUCGUUUGUGUUUUGUAUGAAUAUAGUUUUGGGGAAUGUGAGCUUACGUUACAUCCCAGUUUCAUUUAUGCAAACAAUCAAGUCAUUYACCCCAGCAACAACAGUGAUUUUGCAGUGGAUGGUAUGGAGAAAGUACUUCGACUGGAGAAUUUGGGCUUCUCUUGUUCCUAUUGUUGGUGGGAUUCUCCUUACAUCUGUUACAGAACUUAGCUUUAACGUGCUUGGCUUCUGUGCCGCCUUAUUUGGCUGUCUUGCCACGUCUACCAAAACCAUUCUUGCCGAGUCUUUGCUUCAUGGCUAUAAGUUUGACAGCAUAAACACAGUGUACUAUAUGGCACCAUUUGCGACUAUGAUAUUGGCAGUACCAGCGUUGCUUCUAGAAGGAGCCGGAGUUUUGGAAUGGAUUCAGACAACUCCCUCUCUUAUUUCAUCCUUCAUCAUUAUUAUCGGCUCCGGAGUAAUGGCUUUCUGCCUCAACUUCUCCAUAUUCUACGUCAUCCAUUCAACUACUGCCGUUACUUUCAAUGUUGCUGGAAAUCUUAAGGUGGCAUUUGCGGUUGCAUUCUCGUGGAUGAUAUUCAAAAACCCGAUUUCGGCUAUGAAUGCACUUGGGUGUGCAGUAACGCUUGUGGGAUGCACGUUCUAUGGGUACGUUAGACACAGGCUACCAAACCAACUACCGGGAACUCCUCGUACACCCCGGACCCCACGUUCUCGCCUGGAAAUGACUCCACUUGUAAACGAUAAAAUAGACGAUAAAGUUUAGUUUUGUGUUAUUGGUGUUUAGAAAUAUAAAUAUAUAUUAUUUACUGGAGUCAUGAUGCAGUUUUUAGUGACUAUUUGAGGACAUGGUACCAAGAGCUAGUGAUGAAACUUAAUCUGAUUAUAGUAUCAAUGUGUUCUCUUCUUUCUUCACC